AUGGAAAGAAUUGGGCUGAAGUGUAGCAUCGAGCAAAACACAGAGGAAGAUAGGGAACAGGCUAGUAGCGAGCAUCACUUUAGACCAGGCGACUCUCAUUGGAGCCCCAUUGUGACUGCAGUGGGAGCAGCAGACAUGUCUACGGCAUGUACAUAUCCCAGAUCAGAAUAUCCUCCCGUCUGGUUUCAAGAUUUAUGGAGGAGCAGCACCUCCUUGGACAUCUUACCAUCUGUGCAGCGCGACGUCGCUGGGAACAUCGACCCCUAUUUCAAAAGUUUCAAUAAAUGGCUGCCCGUUGUGGACGCAUCGUCUUUAUAUCGUCGGUGCGACGACCUUCCGAGUUCUCAGGAUGCCGAAUUCUCAAUACUACUGUUAACCUGUGUUCUCUUAGCCCGAGUGUCUCAGCCAUCCAGGGCAGACGACAAGCAGCAGAACGAUGGGCUGUACAUGACGAUAAGCUUGUCUCUUACAUCACUUACCUCCAAGGGGAGUUUGAGUCUGGAAAUGUUACAAGCCGAGAUUUUGCUUGCUUUAUAUGAACACUUGGACGCAAAUCACGUCGCGGCCGCUGCCACUAUUGCUUCAGCUGCGGUUAUCGCUGGGAAUCUCGGCUUAUUUCAGUGGCAGUGUCAAGCCGUACCCAGCCAAAGAGUUCUUGUGGAUGAAGAAAUGUGCAGAGUGGCCUGGUGCCUGUACAUUCUAGAGCGGAUGAUCAAAUGCAUUCAUUAUGAUGACAAUUGGACACCUAUCUCUUUCUCGUGCCCCCGACCUUGUCCUAGUCUGAUUCUCUCCGAUGAAGAUGGAAGACCUGUGAGUAUGGGGCUUGACAUGGGCCUUGAAUGCACCAAACGAGGUUGCUGUCCAGUCCAAAUUUCGGCAUCCGAGUUGCUCGAUACUACCUUGUCCUUUUUCAACAGGCUCUGCCAGGCUUCAUUUCUUCUGGAGCUCUCUCUUGAUAGCUCUUUGGAUCCGUCCGCGGCAAACAUGGUCAAAAUUGGGGAAAUGGUCUCCAACCUGGACAAAGCCAUCAACAUGCUUGCUUCUUCCCUGCUUAGGGAUCGUGAUCGGGGGUCUCAUAUGAAUUGUUCCAUUCUUGGUAUAUGCGUGAGCGCUAUGAUGAUACUCCACGACCGGGCCGGUAAACUGGCUUCCCUCGAUGUGCUUCCGCAGGCCCAUAGUCACCAGAUUGGUCUGACCAUAGCCACAAGGAUGGUCUUUGAUCGAGUCAACAUCGUUCCGACCUUGCAGUACCAGUAUUCCCAAGUUAUAUCCUUGUGGGAACUGCAUUGCUUUUACUUUGCGGCGGAAAUUUAUUUACGGUACGAUCUGUGCGGAACAUUCGGGAAAAAUGCAGACAUAGCCUUGCAGACAAUAAAGAGAACGCUAGAAAGGUAUCGAACCUACUGGAAACUCGCGAGUCAGCUAUUGUCGAAAAUCAGUGCCGUCCCAACACCCUUAAUUGACCGAAUCUAA